AGAUGAGGCGUUUGGCCAUGGCGGCUUCCUGUUACCUGUUGGCAUCGUUCAUGCUGUUCGAAGCCAUAGAUGCGUUCAUGCAGCCUUGCCUGCUGUCUCCGGCAAGGGCGCGAUCAAGCAUCACCCCGCUGAAGAGAUUGAGGUGCUCCCUACAAGAAAAACCGCCUACACUAGAACCAAAAUCCCUGAGACGAUGAUACCGAUGGGACCCUAUGGAGAUCUCCCCGAUACCUCGGUGGAGAACACUGAGACUCGCAUGAGACUGGCAGAGAUCUUGAAGGACGACUCUAUCAUCGACAUAGCCUUCCACCGCCUCUACGACACUGCCCUUGACAUUGGGCUUCACUUGUCGCGCGAAGCAAGCUCCAUGGCGCACAUGAACAGCGGACAAGGAGAGCGGAAGCCUCGGGUUGUCAUAGCAGGAUCUGGGUGGGGAGCGCAUGCUAUGCUCAAGAUCAUCGACACGAGCGUGUUGGACGUCGUCUGUGUGUCUCCCAGGAGCUACUUCAUCUUCACGCCCAUGCUAGCUUCCGCCUCUGUUGGAACUGUGGAGUACAGGAGCAUCACUGAGCCGAUGAGGUCUGCGAACCCUUGUGUGACGUACCAUGAGGCGUCGAUCACGAGCAUCGAUGCGGAUCGUAAGACGAUUCGGUGCAAACCUGUCUUUGAAGGGUUCGACAGAGAGUUCGACUUGUCCUAUGAUUACCUUGUCCUUGGACUGGGAAUGAAGAUCAACACGUUUGGAACUCCAGGAGUGAAGGAGCAUUGCUUCUUCCUCAAGGACAUCAACGAUGCCAAGAGAUUGAGGUCGGCCAUCAUCGACAAGUUUGAGAGUGCGAGCCUGCCCAACCUGACGGAUGAAGAGAGGAGGGAGCUACUCUCAUUCGUAGUGGUCGGCGGAGGCCCAACGGGCGUUGAAUUCUCCGGUGAAUUCUUCGACUUCUUGAACGAAGACUUGAAGAGAUACUACCCCCAACUUGUUCCCUUCGUCCGCACCGAAUUGAUUCAGGCUGGAGACGCUCUGCUCAACCAGUUCGACGAGACCAUGCAGGCCAUGGCUCUCCGAUCGCUCCUGUCCCAGGGGGUCAAGGUGUUACUCAAUGCUCGGGUGGAAGAAGUCAGCGCGAAGGAGAUCAGAUACAACAUCCGCAACCCGGACAAGACAACAACUACUAUCACUACCAAGUACAGCUUGUGCGUGUGGGCAGCUGGCAAUUCUCCGAUCGAGCUCUCGAAGGAAUUCCAGAAGAAGAAUCAACCCUGGAAGCAAGACAAGCGGGGACGAAUCGUUACUGAUGACUGGCUGCGUGUUGUGGGCAUCAAUGAUGGGUCGGUCUUCGCCCUCGGAGAUUGCUCUGAGUCAGAGUCAGUUGUCCUCCCGCAGACAGCGCAGGUCGCAGCCCAACAGGGAGCUUAUCUUGCGAGAAUUUUCAACCGUCAAUUCAGGGGGCCCGACAAAGGCUUCCUGCCCGAGCAGACGUACGGGGCAGCACUGGCACUGUCCCUACGAGCAAGAGCAAGAGACGGGGAUGAGCUUGCGAAGACGAUUAUUGACGAGCACAGGGUGUUUGUGCGGCCCUUUCAGUUCCUGUCCCUCGGCUUGCUGGCGUAUGUGGGAGGAAGAAGCGCCAUCGCUCAGGUCGAGGUUGGCAUGGACUCCCCUCACAAGACAGGAACUCAGCUUUUGAGACUCUCCAAACAGUCCGGCCUAGCAGGCUGGAUCUUGUGGAGGAGCGUGUACCUCACCAAGCAAGUGGCGUUCAGAAACCGCGUCCUCGUCCUCUUCGACUGGAUGAAGUCCAGAGUGUUCGGGAGGGACAUAGCCUGUCUGUAAUCGUCAGGUGUAGAGUAAGAGAAGGAAAGGAUCAUG